AUUAAUGGGGGUGUUAAGGGGGGCUUAGGACGAUAGAGGGGGGCUGUGUAUUGGGGAAAUUAGGGGGACCAUCCAUCCUCCCUCCCAUUCAUUUUGCACCCCAUAUAUGUUGAGGAUUACCCCUACACAUUCACAUAUAUGUAUAUCUAUAUAUACACGUUAUUUUUCAGCCUGCUCCAAAUUCAAACACCCCAUUUUGAAAUUUGUUUCGAAAAAGAUUGUAGCCUCAUCUGCUGCUUGUCGUCCUGUUCCCCCCGCAUCCCUUUUUGUCAUUCUUCCCCAAUCCCAGUAUCAAGACGAAUGUUGCAGAAAAAGAAAAAAAAAACCUCCAGGGGCCGGUAGGGCCUCUUCCCGCGCCCCCCCCCAAUCCUCUCGCUGCACCUUCUUCUUUGCCCUGCUUAUCUGCCUACCGAUUUUGAACUUGCAAAGUCACCUGCUUCCUCGCUUCUUAGGGAAGCCCCCCUCCCCCCCAAAAACCCCUUCCGGCCUGGGUUGCUCCUCCUCCUGCACCAUCAGAGUCUCCUCUUUCCAUUGCAGCCACCCCCACCCCACCCCUUGAACUUGCAGCCUCUCCCCUCCCUCCAGCUUCCUCUUUCCAUCAGGGGGGGGGGCUCUUGCUUUCUUUUCCUUUUCCUUCCUGCACAAAUCCAGCUGGGGCUGCUCAUGUUUGCUCUUGCAUCAUUUCUCUCUCCCCUCCCCACACCUGGGUCCUUGAACUUGCUGCUUCUGAUAGGUUCCCCCCCCCUGUGAGGUGGGCCUCUUGCCCCUCCCACAAUGAACUUCAGCUUGCAUUGCAGCCCAAACACUUAUUCUGCUUCUCUCCCCCAUUGCAAACUGCAGCCCCCACUUUCUUUUGAGGUCUCCCCCCCCCACUCCCAUAAAUCUUUCCCCAGUGCCAUAUCCUGUUCCAUCACCAAUAUCCACCCCUUUCAGCUUGCAGCCUCACUUCCUCUUUUUAAGGCAUCACCCUUCUCCCCCCCCCACCCCCAAAAAGAAUUCAGCCUGGCUCCUUGUACCUCUGACACCAUCAUUAAUUCCUCUCUUCUCCCUUUUUCAUCUUCUUGCCUUGCCUGCUGCCUUUACCCUGGAUAUGCCCCUCUCCUGCACCACCUCUUGAGUUUUCUACCAUACUGAAUUGUAUGUGUGUGUGUGUCCACCUUUAGUAGCAGUAGGAAUAAGGUUUGGUCUCAUUCCAAAGGUGGGGAGACACAGUAAUUUUUAUUUCUUUUUAAUAAGGGAAGGUCUAGGGCCUUGCUUAGCCCUAUACCCCUGUUUGGUCAAGGAGGCAGGUGCCCCAGAAAAUCUGUUUAAUGCUAUAGAGCAACUGCCUUGAGUGAACCUGGUUUGUUCCGUAAGUUAGCUACCUUCCCCCGCUCCUACAUAUCAGCCCCCUAAGUCUUAGCCAGCCUAACCCCCCACGUCUCCCCAAUGUGUCCAAGGCUGUCCUGAAAUUCAAACUUAAUUCGAAUUCAGUUUAGGACAGGUGUCCUUUUACAAAACCGACUUGCCCUAUAGUCCCCACGCUCUCCUUGUUCAGGUCCCUUUGCCCAGCUCCCUUGUGGCAGGAAUUCAGAUCUGAAGGCUCCCUCACCUCCCAGCAAGGGCACCCGUGGUAGUGACAUUGCAUCAGGCUGGCCUGCAAGGCACCACAUCCUGCUUCUGUCCUCUGUCACAGAGACAUUCAAUGUCCUCUGUGGAUUUUGGAGGCAGGGAACAAAAAAAGAUGCUGUUUUUUGGUCUUGGUGGGGCUGUUCUUAGGGGAAGAAACGGAAAGAACAGGUGCCUUUUGGAGACCACCUUUGGCUUCUCCUGGAAUUGAGAGGCUUGGCUGAUUUAAUUACACUUAAGGGUCUUUCCCUAAAUUUCUUUAGGUGUUCUCAGUUCUCUCUGCCUCGGUUGAAGUGUCUGAUGAGGCAAGUUUAGAUGAUGUGAAUGCGUUGAGAGAGGAGGGGUGGGGGUGCCAUCUAGGGGAAAAUCCACGUUGUCCCACUCUCAUUAUGCAACGCCCCCCCUUCCAAAAAAACCACCACCCCCUUUGAUACAGAGUUUGCAAACAUGUGAAAUUCCAUGGCUGCUUGCCUGAGGGGCGGUUCUGUCACGGGGAGCUGAGGUAGCUUUAAUCAAGCUGCCACUUCCAUUCUCGGCCUCGCUCAGAGGCCUUUUUUGCAUCUGGCUUGAAAAGCCAGUUCGGAUUAUUUCCUCUCUGUCAUGGACUCAGCCUCUCCCUUCCUCAGGCUACAUAUCUGCUGCCAGAACUGGGGAUGGAAGUGGGGGCGAAUGUCUGGUGCUGGGUCACUUGGGCUCCUGAACGUGUAAGGAUUCUGGUGCUUACAAAAACAAAUAGGAAGUUGCCUUGUAUUGGGACAGGAUUUAUGCCCAUCUAAACCAGAAUGGUUUGUUCUGACUGGCAGCAGCAGGCCUCCAGGUUUUCAGGCAGAGGGGCAUCGUUCCCAGCACUCAAUCCCUUUUUAUCCGGAGACUGAAUCGGCAACCUCCUGCACAGACCUCUGUCCCUGAGCUGUGAUGCUGAAAACCAGAAUUUUGUGAUGCCACAAACCAGAAUUUUCCUAGCCCCAUUGAUGAUACUGAUUUACUGGGAAUCCUGAAUGGGGAGAGUGCUUUUGUUGUGCUCAGGUCCUGCUCGUGGUCUUCCCAGAAGAGACAUGUGGCUAACCCCUGUGAGAAAAGGAGGCUGGACUAGAUGGGCCCUCUUUGGCCUGAUCCAGCAGGCAGACUCUCUCCUGCUGCUCUUGUAAGUGGUAAGAGUUCUGCUCCUGCUCUCAAUUACCCUAUCUCCAUACUGAGUUUAUGGUCUCCCUAUCUUUGUGGGGAGUGGGGAUAUUUACUACCACAUACUUGGAAAAUUUCGUUGGGGCAAGUUAGUCCGUCACAAGACAUCACCUUUCCUCAGCAUGAGAUACUGGGAUCAAUGGAGGACUGAUUCCUUGGUAAUCAGGGCGGUUUAUAGCUUGGGUGGCUAUCUGUACCAGAAAGAUAUCGAAAACUGAGGAUAGCUGCUUAUAAAUACAUGCUCAUCACAAACCCGAAGUAUGCAUCUCACAUGUCAGUGUUGCUGUAUAGUUACCAAAUUGAGAAGCCUAAAUAGUUGGCCUCUUUGGGUGUUUAAACGAUCAUACCCAGGAGGGACUCCAGCUCCCAUCAUCCACGAUCUGUUGCCCAUGCUGGCUGGAGCUGAUGAGAACUGGAGUCCUAACACCUCCAGUUCCUAGUGCUUUAAGCCCCAACUGUGGUCAAGGCUGGAGGACAAUUGUGGCCAAUUUAGGAACUGAUGCUAGAUUUCUAGAUGUUUCCCUCCCCGGUCCUGAUCAUGUAAGUGUAAUUUUCUUGAGAAAGAAUGAGCCCCUCAAGUCUUCUGUUCAAAUCUCCAGGAAUUUUGUGGGGGGUGGGAAAUCAAAUCUCAGUGACAAAGCGCCGAGCUCUGGUUCUCUGGACUCUGGUUUUUACAGUCAGAAAGCUCCUUGGCUCCUAUGGUGCAUAUCACGACCUUUCCCAGCUAGGUGACCUCAAGAUGUUGUGGACUACAACUCCCAUAAGCCCCAGCCAGCACCUUGAGGGCACCCAGUUGGCAAAGGCUGGCAGUGAGGUAGGUUGUGGCAUUGACUGUGGCCUGCCUGUGCCUUUUUGGGGUGUGUUAGGAGAACUUCCUCAAGCCCUAUGUGCACAUUUGCUAUUCUUGUUCACUUGCCAUUUUACAGGUGAGCUAGUGAUGCAGAUAGAGGUUACAUGCAGAGAGUUGAUUGGCUUGGCUUCCCCCGCGCCUAAGUCCCCUCCUGCUGCAGUGGGGGUCGGGGUGCAGAAGUCUCUGAGGAGCAAGAAAGCUCACCAGGGUUGAGUCUGAGGCUGACUUUCUAAAAUGGCUAUUAAAAGGAAGAGUGGCACAGCUUUGGUAAAUGUUUUGUGAUGACCUUUGGUUUUCCACAAGUGAUAAAUGGAAGAACAGCUUUUGACAAAUACCAUGGGGGGGGGGGGGAGUGGCAGGUGAAAUGAUCUGGUUCCCUUAUUCUCCCCUCCACCUCCAAAAAAAAUUAAUUUUUCUGUGUCUGAAGUCAAGGAAAUCGCUGUAAGCAAAGUAAGGUUUUGAUGGUGGUCUGUUCUAACAAGCCUGAUCAAAUAACCUCCUCAGAAUAAGAGAAUUUAUUCUGCUGCUUCCCUUCUUAUACAGCCUCAUCCAACGCAUAUUUAGUCAGAAGUAAGUACUGUUUUGAUCUGAUUUUUCUUUUCACUUCAUAUGUACAGUAUCUCUAAAAACACAGCUGACCUUGAGCAGCUGUGGGCCAUGCUUGUUAUGCUUCCAUUAACACCCCCCCCCCAAGAAAAAAUUGCCUCUGGUUCCCUUGAGACUUUCCAUGAAGUGUGUCACAGGUUUUUUCCACCCUGUUUAAUCCCUGCCUCCCCCACUUUUGCCUCCAUUAUAACCAAUAAACCAUGCGAAGUCGAAGUGCUGCCUCCCCUAAUAUUUUUUAUCUUUUGGCCAAAGUUGUUGAGUUUUUUUGCAAAAUCUCAAAGAUUUACGGCGUCCAGAUUUUCCCAGACAUUUUUGCAAUUUCUGCCUGGACAUUGUUUCCAGCUGCCAUAUUCCGGCUAUGUCCAGGACAUUCCAGACGUAUGGCAACCCCAUUUUACUUCCAUCUGCCUAGGAGUAAGUGCCAUUGAAUUCAGUGCAGGUUGUGUCCCAAGUAAAAACACUGCAGAGCACACAACAAGGCAGUUGUUGUAAUCCUGUGGGUCAUCUGCUUCUCUCAUGUUUACCUGGGAGUAAGUUCUUCUGAGUUCAGUAUGGCUACCUUCCAAACAAGGGAAGCAUGCAAGAGACAGCAGCCUCAAGGGGUUAACUAUUGAACUCGUUGGAAUUUACUUCUGAUUAAACAUGAUAAAGAUCAGGUUGUAAAAAUGAGAUUGGAUUGUGUCUUGCCCAAGGUAUCUUAAGUCUGAAGUUGAACAGAUCACAGCUGAAAUGCUGUGGGAUUCAUGGCUGAGAAGUAAAAUUUGAUCCUUGCACGUAGUGGUUUGGUAAACCCAGAGUUAUUGAGAUGUAACCUUCAUUUAAGUUCAAUUUGUAUGUGUGCAGCAGAAGCAACAGUCUGGAUCCAGAGUGUGAGCUGACUUUAUUUUAUUAAACCUAUUAUUUCAUCUGAGAAAUAGGACUGCUUACAAACAUCAUGAAAUAAAAUGAAUGUAUUCUCUCCCUCCAAGCAUGUGGAGUUUCCUUAAAAAUAUGUAGGUCUUUUUUAGCGAGGCAUCUGAAUAAGCCUGCGGCUGCUUUUUGGUUUUAAUUGUGCAAUUUUUCUUUGAACUUUGAUUUGAGCCCUAGUUUGGUUGAGGUGACCUAGAGACAAUCCACUGCAUAUGUUGUUAACCCAGAGUUCUUUCCGUUUUGAGCUGCCUUGCCAAGUAAGCAUUGGAAACAUUUAGGUUUUCCAUCCCCUGGAUGGAAGAGAGAGUUCUUAUGUAUGCCUGAUUGCACAGCAAUACGAGUUGGUCCCACUGAGGCUCUCUGCUGAACGCUUCUUUCCCAUGCUGGCCCCUUUAGGUGUGCUGCAGAGUAUUCUGGGGUACAGUCUAGAGCAGUGUUUCCCAACCUUGUGCCUCCAAGCUGUUUUCGGACUACAAUUCCCAUCAUUCCUGACCACUGGUCUUGCUAGCUAGGGAUGAUGGGAGUUGUAGUCCAAAAACAGCUGGAGGCACAAGGUUGGGAAACACUGGUCUAGAGCAGCCUUGGUGCUGCCUGGGGCUGAUGGGAGAUGUAAUUCAAAACACAAGUCGGGCACCUGUUGGUGAAGGUUGUUCUAGACUAGAGUCACUGGCAGCGUCUUUGGACUUCAGUUGCCAUCAGCUCCACUCAGCAUGGCCAAUGGUCAAGCAUGGUGGGGUUUGAACGGCAGCAUUUUAGAAUUGUAGAGUUGAAUGGGACACAAAGGUCAUUGUGAGGCAGGUUGGGGAAAGGCUGCAAAAGUGUCACCUACCCUGGCUUCUACCUCAUUGGCAUCAACAUGGCGCCGUCCUUUUGAUUUUUGGCUUUUUAUUCUCAAAAGUCAACCAUGCAGACCAAAUUGCACUCAUGACAAGGGAGGAACUAUGUCGGCUCUCAGAAUGGAUCUCCUGAAGCCAAUCAGCAGCAGCAUAAUCAAUUUUCUUUUACUUGGAAGAGGAAAGGGAAGCGUUUGUUAAUGCUGUGUUCAGUGUGUAUUAAUUGAAGGGCAAUCUUGGAUCUAAAGGAGCUCGUGACCUCAGCCACAUAGGAAGCCUUUCUGUGUUUCCUUGCCUCCCCUCCCCUCUAUGCGAUUCACAAAAAUGACUAGUAAUGCAAAUAUUUUUCCCCUCCCUCCCUAAGUGGGUGCUCCCCACUCCCUCUUGCCCCUACCCAGCUCCACUUCCACAAGCUUUGUAGGUGUGGGCAGAGAGACCCUUCUUUCUAAAUAAUCUUGGGAAUGGGUACUUGUCUAGGACCCUUCUCUUUGGUUUUCUGCUUACCAAAUAUUUCUGUGUCUCCCUGACAGGAGAAUUGGACUAGCAGUGUGAUGCUGAGCUAAAUGACUCUUGGGCCAAGGCUCAAGACACAACACUGCCCAUGCUCUUAUCUGUAAUUACGGAAGCAGGCCAUGAGAAUUGUUCACAACCUUCAUUUUUGCUUGCUUUUUUAAAACAAACAAAAAUGCUUGCAUUCUUCUUCUGCAAGGCACACAGAAGGGCUGUUGGAGAGAGCGUGGUUGUACUCAGGAACUGCUUCCAGGCACCCCAUUGCGGCAUCCGGUUAGCUACCAAGCAGAACAUUGGACUCAAUUGGCCUUUGGACUGACCCAGUUGCAGGGCCCUUCCCAUGUCCUCCUGGGAUUUGCAGAGUGCUGGAGCUCUGCCCCUCAAGGUCUGCAGGUCCUCUUGACUUCUGAGCGUUUACCAGGUAACAUGCUCCCAACUUCAAGCUUGUCUUCCAAACCUUAAGGGUCAGAGGCUUGUCUUUUUGUUUUGAAAUGAAAGCCAACAUCGCUAAGAUGCAGAGGGUCUUCUCGGUAGUGGCACCCACACUGUGGAACGCCCUCCCAUCAGACGUCAAGGAGAUAAAUAACUAUACAACUUUUAGAAGAUGUCUGAAGGCAGCCCUGUAUAUGGAAGCCGUUUAAGGUUUGAUGUUUUACUGUGUUUUAAAUAUUUUGUUGGGAGCUACCCAGAGUGGCUGGAGCAACCCAGUUUGAUGGGCGGGGUACAAAUAAUAAAAUGAUGAUGGUGUUGAUGGUCCAUACACCAGAUCAUUCUGUUUGUGCAUUCCUGUUGUGGCAGCUCAGAUUUUGUACACUCUUUCUGGAAGCUGAAGCAGAAGCUGCUUGGGCAAGUAGGCACGGGAGAUGGCAGAUGGGGAAUUUCUUGCUUGCUCAUUUGGUCUCUGAAUGACUUGCGCACACACACACACACACCCAGUUUUUGGUGUUGUUUGGGUGUUCCUUUUCCAGGAGCCAGCUUGGGAUCAAGGGUCUAGAGGGUGUUUGUUGCAGCAGGAGAGGUGCAGAGUGUCACAAGCUGAAGGGAUUGCUUGGGGUAUGCCAAAAUCUAAAGGGAGAGCUGUGGCAAAUUGAGCCUUCUGAAUCUUCCCUGAUUUAAUCUUGGUUGAUUUCUGUCUGGCCUGUGAAUCAGAAGUUAGAGGGACAUUGUGACUUUAGAUCAUAGAAGCAUCAGAGCUAAGGAAGGGAAGGGAAGGGAAGGGAAGAAAGGGCCAGAGGGGGGAAAGGAUGGCUGCGGUUUGGGCAAAAUUUGCUUUGUACAUCAUGGUUUUGAGAUGUUGACAGAGAGCAGGAGGGCUCUGGUCUUUUAAAAGUCUGAUAGAAAGGAGCUGAGUUACUCAGCCUUCUACAGAUUUGCUCAUUACAGCAAGGGGAGUGAAGCCCUCUGAAGAGCAGCCAGGACCCCCACCCCCAAACCUGAUUUUUCAUAGGAAUGUAAGACUCUUCUGGCUCAGUACAGUACAGUCCACACUGACUGACAGCAGUUGGCUUUCCAGGGGUUCAGGUGGGAGUGUUUCCCCAACCCACCCCCAUAACAAAGUAAAAAAAAAUUGUUUUAAUGAUAGGGUGUGCAGAGGUAGCAGCUCUUCCUCUGUUGUAGACUUUGCUCCUGAGCAGCAGUCAGACUCUGUUCCUGUGUGGUGGGGCAAGGAAAGGACUAUUUGCGACUGCCAGCCAGGAGAGCAGAUCUCGGCUGCCGACCAGGCACUGAAGCUCACCUGUUUGGUGCCCUUGGCAAGCCAGCAUCUCUUGGGCUGCUCUGCUUCCUAGGGUGGAGUGGAAUCAUUCCCCACAAGUCGCCUUGGAGGCAGUGGGAGAGGAUGACAAUUGUGCAGAGGACUGAGAGCCCCAUGUGCUAGUGACCGCCUGCCAUGCUGGCCUGCCUGCCGGGACCAGGCGACCUCUCCUUCCAGCUGCUUUCUUACCCGCAGAUGAACGCUGGACUUCAGAAAUGGGACACUCCACAGAAAAUGAGAGCCGCACAGCAGCACCCUACUCCAGCAGAGUUGGACGCGUAUGCUAAGAAGGUGGCCAGCCAUCCUCUGACUAUCAAAAUUUUCCCCAACAGCGUCAAGGUCCCCCAGCGGAAACACAUCCGCCGCACCGUGAACGGGCUGGACACUUCCGGGCAACGCUACAGCCCCUACCCGCCGUCGCAGGCCGCCGUGAAGACAGGCCUCCUGGCCAUCGUCCGGUCCCCGCCGGCCAAAGGGAUCGUCAAGGACUUUGACGGGACCCGGACGCGCCUGCUGCCGGAAGCCAUGAUGAACCCUCCCUACGCGGCACCCAGCACUUUAAGCCACCCGCAGGCGUUGGCCCGUCAGCAGGCUCUGCAGCACGCCCAAGGCUUGACGCAGCAGCAGCAGCACCCUCAGGGGAUCCCCACGGCCCUGCAGCAGCCGCAGCACCCGCAGAGCAUGGCCCACCCGGCCCUGCAGCCGCCACCGCACCACGCCAACCACUUGCUCCAGCAGCAGCAGCAGCCACCGCCAGCAGCGGGCCUGCACGGGGGCCGGAAGAUGGCCGACGCCGAUGCCCCCCCGAAUGUGACUGUGUCUACCUCAACCAUCCCCCUCUCCAUGGCUGCCACGCUGCAGCAGAACCAGCCCCCAGACCUGAGCAGCAUCGUCCACCAGAUCAACCAGUUCUGCCAGGCCCGCGCGGGCAUCAGCGCUACCUCAGUGUGCGAGGGACAGAUCGCCAACCCCAGCCCUAUCAGCCGCAACCUCCUGAUCAGCGCCAGCACCCGGGUGUCCGCCCACAACGUCCCCACGCCCCUGCCUUCCUGCGUGGUGGACCCUGGGGUCCCCCCCUCGGGCCCCGGGGCCAUGGCUGUCCCGCCUCUGGGGGGCGUCAUCGGUCGGGGGCCCCCCGCCUACCAAAGCGAAAUGAAGCAGGUGGCAGCCUGGAACCAGCACCAGCUGGCUCACCUGCAGCAGAUGUGUGGCGAGGCCGUCGGCCCCUCGGCCCUGAUGGGGAAGCCCCCCGGGCGGGAGCUGCCCGGGCAGGGCUUUGCCGGCAAGGCCCCCGGCUACGCCCUGGACCUCUGCAUGGGCCAGCCGUUCAACGUGAAGCCCCCGCUGGAGAAGCCCACCCCCUCGCCACCGGUCAACAGCUUGCCGGGCCCCGCCCCCUACACCAACGGGCACUACUUCCAGCCCCUGUGGAAUAACAUUCUGCCCACGCCCAACAGCGACAGCUCGGGCUCCCAGGACCUGGCAAUGCCUUUCCACGGUGGAGGCGGGGGGCAGCCCCUGGGGGCCGGCCUAGAGUGCACAGGCGGACCUCACUACAGGGCCGGGGCCGGCUGCCCACCUGCCCAGGGCGGCCUGAUGCAGACGAUGGAAUACCUGAGCGGGGACUUCCAGCCCUCCUGCCUCCGGGAGCAGCAGGGGGGCGGGGGGGUGCUGAGCAAAGCCCCCCGCCCCGCCAUGAACCGAGCCCACGAUCCCGCGGAGAGUCGCAGCCUUCAUAUUCAGCACCCAGGGUAUAGAUAAGGCAGCCGUCACUUUUCACUGACCAGAGCGAAUAUUAGGGUUAGUCUUAAUUUGAAUUAAUAAGCAAAAGGUGUGUGGCUGUUGGUUUGGUUUUAUUCCUUUUGGUUUAUUGCUUUUUUUUUUUUAAACUUGCAAACUGUGGUGAUCCCGCUAGCUAACUGCCGGAGGAGGUUUUUAAGCGGAGGUCUAGCCCCAUGCAGUGCAGGAAUCGUAGCUUGAGAAGCCCUGGCAGGUGGCAACCCAACCUCUGCUUAGAAACCUCCAGGUAAGGAGAGCUCACCCUCUUCCCAGGUAGUCCAUUCCACUGUCAAACGGUUCUUACUAUUCCUAAAGUUCAGCCAGAAAUCAUCUCCUUGUCAUCAGUUUGGGUCCUCCCCUCCGGAGCAGCAGAAAACAAGCUUGCCUCAUCUUCCAUUUGACAGCCCUGCAGAUAUUUGAAGACGGCUCUCAUGUCACCUCUCAGUCGUCUUUUCUCCAGGCUAAACAUUCCCAACUGAACUGUUUCUUGUAAGGCUUGGUUUCCAGGCCCUUUAUCAUCUUGGGACGCUCAACUUCUGCUGAUGCAGGCUAGAAUAGCAUUUGCCUUUUUUGCUGCUGCAUCACAUGGUUGACACAUGUUAAGCUUGUCAUCUACUGUGAACCCCCUAGGUCCUUUUUGUAGCUUAUACAUAAGGCCCUGGGGUGCCCCUUUGUGAGGAAGGCUGUGAGCUGGCUAUUUUUGGAAGGGGUUUGUGCUGUUGGGGCGCAGCCCUACAAGGAAACACCCAUACCCAGGGUCCUGUUCAUCCCCCAGACAAGCUUGUCAUGGUCGUCAUCAUGGGUUUAUUUGUAUGCUGCUUUUCCAUGACAGAGCCACACUCAGAGCGGCUCACGAGAACAUGCAGAAUAAAAUACAGCGUUUCAAGAUAAUAAAUUUAAUAGUUACAAAGAGUCAUACUAAUGUUAAUAGGGCAAACAAACCAGUGUCUCAUGCAAAAACACAUUGAAACAAUAAUAAUCAUAAUCAUAAUGUAUUAUUUAUACCCCACCACUCUGGGCGGCUUACAACAGAAAAAUGAAAUAAAACAUUAACAGCCUCCCUAAACAGGGCUGCCUUCAGAUGUCUUCUAAAAAUCUGGUAGCUGUUUUUCUCUUUGACAUCUGGUGGGAGGGUGUUCCACAGGGCAGGCACCACCACAGAGAAGGCCCUCUGCCUAGUUCCCUGCAACUUGGUUUCUCGCAACGAGGGAACCGUCAGAAGGCCCUCGGCACUGGACCUAACAAACACUUCCAAAUAGCCACAGCAGUGCAUCUUACCCAAAACUAAAUGUGCCGGAGAGGGAUACUAUUUUCCCAGUUUUCUUGCGUCCUCUCACAGCCUUGGGCUCCAAAGACAGAACUGGAGUCCACAGUGAUCACCAUCAAGAUUGCAGUUUAAACGAAAAUAACAAUAACCACAAUAAUGAUUAACAGCUGCAUUUUUUUAAAAAAAAUUCUUUCUCUGUACACUGGCUAAAGCGAUUGCUGUACACUGUAAACUCGGACGUGUAAUAUUUCUGUGUGAAUGUUACCUGGUAGCGUGGUGGGGUCUGAGUAGCACUCUGGGGGGGUCAGCCCACUGCCCCUUCCCCCCCUCUUCCCCCCCCUUUCCCUUCCCACAGCCCCGUGGGGGCUAAAAACACAACAUUGAAGACAAAUAAAUGAAGCCUUAAGCUGUUGCUCCUCCGGUUCUCCCUAAUGAGCAUGGAUUAAACUCUGAAAGCUAUCAGACAAAAACUUCUUUUUUUAAAAGAAGAUGAAGAAAACCACGACAAAAUUUUCAAAUAUUUCAAAGUGACGUCCUAGUUGGCUUAGAGGUUCUUAAGGAUUUUUCAGAAGUUGGGGAAAUUAGGAUCAGUUUUUAAAUCCGUGUAUCUCUUUUGAUUUAGGUGUCUAGUUCUGGGCUGUAGGAAACCUCGGUAACCUCCUUAAGCUUAGCUGCCAUCUCUCCCCGCUCCCCCCCCCCAAACCCAGUGCAGGAUCCUUAGCACUACUUUGGCUAUUUUAAAAAUCCCUCGAUCAGGGUGUUAGAAGAAUCGUGGGGUCCUUCCUUUUUUUAAAGUGCUUAGGACAAGAUUAAGUGAUUUUAAAUACUUUUUAAAAAGUAGAUUAAAUUAUGCGCCGGCUUGCGUUGCCUUAACAGGAUGCCUGAUCUGUUACGCCAAAUCCUAGCGCCACAGAAGUCCUAAUUUAUUGCUCUUAGAAUCUCACCCCUGCGGCCUUUUUGCUUUCUUUUUUUAAUUUGCUGGGGAGAGGGAGGAAGAUGAUGGGGUCCGCACAUUUUGGCAAAAUAAUGGGUGGUCUCCAAUCUCACUUCUGCCCCCCCCCAUCCCAUUCCCAGCAAAGGGUUCUCCUGAAAUCCCGCCCCCAGCAACAGGGCCAAAGUGCUCUCCCUGAUUCCCUCCACAGCCAGUCAACCGCUGCUGGGUGCUCUCUCUGUUUUUAAAGGUUCCUGUAAACUUCUGAUAUCUGGACACGUUUUUAACGAAAACCUUCCCUGUCCUCUGUCACCUCUCCAGGUACCAAGCUUAGACUGUUAAACUGCAGCUCCUUUUAACUCCUCCACCUUCUGAUCCCAGAGCAGUGCCAGAGCUAGCCCCCAGACUGCCCCCCCCCCCCCGCACGGCAGAGCUAGUGCCCAGACCUCUUCCCCCCCUCCCAUCGUUUUUUUGUGGAGCGGCACCUCCAUCUACCUUCAUAGUUUUGUUUUUCUGUUGUUUUUGAGCUCCUAAAUCAGGGGUCCAGCACAGCUCACUUAACCACCCUGGCCCCUUUUUCUCCGGUGAUGGCCGGGGCCUACACUAGCUCAGCUUUGAGGUGCUCCCUUCCCCGCAAGGUACCCACAUGCUCCCCCUGCCCCCCUUGCAGAAUUUGGGCUUGCAACCUGCUUUGGUGCUGCCCAAUUCCCUCCUCUUUUCCCCACCACCACCACCACUACAAAUAAACUAGUUUUAAACAGACUCCCUUUAGUAAAGGGACGGGAGCAUUUCCUCAGACACAUUGGCUGUUGACUACUCUGUUCUUGACCUGCGGCCAUGUUUUUACAAGCUUGGUGUGGUGGGCAUCAUGCAGCGUGUUCCCCUUUGAGAGGAAGGACCCCCUACUGUCCCCUUUGCGCCUCCUGCUUUUCCUUACAGCCCCCCUCCCUCCAUCCUCCUUGGGGCCACAACUCAGAAAAGUGUGGGCCUCCUAGGAAUGGGUGGGGUGGGGAGAAGGAUGUAGAAGCCUGCUGGAGCACUGUAGGAGCCCCCGUCCUAUUUCAUCACAGUUCCAGUAAUGCCACGACAGCCCCUCCCUCUUCUCUCCCCCCACCCCCUUCCCAAAAUCAAGCUACAGUCCCACAAUUUUGCCCAGAAUGCAGAAAGGUCCUGCAGCUGCCUCUUGAAGGAGAGAUUCCCCUAUCUCUCUGCAGGCUGGGGGGGGGUGAGGGGAAGCAUUUGGGGAGCCCUUAGAGCAAAAGCAGUGACCCUUGCAGGUUCCCAGGGGGUGUCCACAGUGCCCCUCACCCCCCAGGAGCAGGGAAGAUCUUCUGCAUGGGGGGGGAGGAGGAGGAAGGGUGAUGGUCUUAAACUGCUGCUGUAUUUUCCUUAAAAAACACUUCACUGAUUAUAAUUA